AUGGCUCGCGCGGCCGUGUUCAUCCUCGUCGCUCUGUCGCUUCUCGGCGUUGCGUUAGCCGAAGUCGCAGCACAGGAUGUGCUCGUUCUCGACGAGAAGAAUUUCAAAUCUACCAUCGACGAUCAUUCCAAGGCAUACUUUAUCAAAUUCUUCGCGCCGUGGUGUGGUCACUGCAAGCGCCUGGCGCCGACGUGGGCGGAGCUGGCGGCGGCGAAGGUGGCGCCGGAGGUGGUGAUCGCGCACGUGGACUGCACGGCGUCGCGCAGCGUGUGCGAGGAGCAGGAGAUCCGCGGAUAUCCCACUCUCAAGGUGUUUGUGAAGGGAGAGGGGAAGGAGAAGUACUCUGGCGGGCGGGACCUUCAGUCCCUGAGCACGUACGUGCAGGAGGUUGCUGAGGAUUUCAAGGAAUCGUGGGGCGCGUCGAGACCGGCGGCUUCUCGACCAGCCGUAGCCGCCGAUUCCGCCGCUAUUUGCGCGUCUGGCGGCGACGAAGGGCACGGGCAAGGGCACGGGCGCGGGGAUAACGUGGGCGCAGCUCGGCGGGAAGAGGGGCGCGAGGGGGGAAAGGGCAAGGCGCAGUGGCGCGUGGAGGCUCCGCAAAAGGGGCGGGAGGGGCCGGAGGAACAGCAGGCGGAGGAGGACGAGGAUAUGGGGGGAGCGCACGGCGGCGGGGGGGGCGCGGAGGACGGCGGGGAUGGCGGAGAUGCGGGGGACGGGGGGGAUGGCGGGGAGUUGCGCAAGGGGCAGUGGACGGCGGAGGAGGAUGAGCUAUUGCUGAAGUGUAUUCAGCAAUACGGAGACGGCAACUGGAGCUCCAUCCCGAAGCGCGCAGGCCUGCGGCGGUGUGGCAAGAGCUGUCGGCUGCGGUGGGCCAAUUACCUGCGCCCGGAUCUGAAGCGAGGCGCGUUCUCGGACGACGAGGAGGACCUAAUUAUCCGCCUGCACGCCGCGUGGGGGAACAGGUGGGCGAAGAUCGCGUUGGAGCUACCAGGGCGCACGGACAACGACAUCAAGAACCACUGGAACACCAAGAUGAAGCGCCGCCUCAAGGAACAGGGCAUCGACCCCGACUCGCACCGACCCCUCUCCUCCAUCUCCCCAGGUGCGCUUCCGCCCUCCCCCUGGCUUGGCGCUCUCUCCCCUCGUCCGCUCUCUCCCCUGUUGUUCAAGGUUCACCUUUUCUUGACUUGA